CUGAAGCGCUUGCUCGGCCUUUAAUUCCGGGUUUGGGGUGGGGGGGACGGUGGAGAAUUUCCGCUCCCCCAUUCCCUCCGCGGCGCCAGUGGCAGCUGUCACCUGUAAGGCGAGCACCGCGCACGGGGCAUGGAGCCCGGCGCCCAUUGGACAGAAUAUAAAGACAGAAAUCCAGCCCCGAGGCUGGGGGCCCGGCGGGGCGCUGGCGGGGGCCCCUCGCCGCGGCCCCCUGUGCCCUCGGCCGGGAGGCAGCCUGGCCCCACGGCGCAGGCGUGACCGAGCUCCUUCUUCGGGGACCAUCACCAGGUGAGCCAGCCGCGGCGGACUUCACUCCCGGAAACCCGGAUCCCGCGUGUCCCGGGAAGCGCCGCGGCGUCCACCUGCCCCGCAGCGGGGACCCGGGACCCGGGGGAGGCGGCUGCCGCACUUUCCCUCCGCGGCUGGGCCGGACCAUGGCGCUGGCCGCUGCCGCUGCCGCUGCGGCCGCCGCUGCCGGGGUGAGCCAGGCGGCAGUGCUGGGCUUCCUGCAGGAGCGCGGCGGGAAGGUGCGCAACUCGGAGCUGCUGAGCCGCUUCAAGCCGCUGCUGGAUGCCGGCGACCCGCGCGGCCGCGCAGCCCGCAGGGACCGCUUCAAGCAAUUCGUCAACGACGUGGCGGUGGUGAAGGAGCUGGACGGCGUCAAGUUCGUGGUGCUGAGGAAGAAGCCUCGGCCCUCGGAGGGACCAGAGCCCCUGGCCCCCUGCAUCCCUGGGGCACUGACCCCGCCGUCGAAGGCCACUUCCGUCUCGCUAGGGGAAAACUCUGGCCCAGGAGCUGCGCUCUCGGCCUCCGCGCAGCCGUCCAUAGAAUCACCGGAGGACCCGGCCCCGCCAUCAGAGCUCCAGGACGCCCCCGGGGAUCCGGCCCCUGAACCCACCCAGCCCACUGGGGUGCCAUUGUUAGGCUCGGCCCAGCACCCCGAGGAUCCCGCGGACCCCCGGGUUCCAGCCUUUGAGCUAGCUCUGUCCUCAGAAGGCUCCUCCGCGGAAGUGGCCUCGCCGGUUAGCACGUCGGAGGAGGAAACCUCUCCCGGCGCAGACCUGGAACCUGGACCCAGGACCGCGAAAGGGCCGCCGCCACCCGCUCCGCGCGCGCUGCCGCCGAAGCCCUGCAUGCUGCCCGUACGCUGCGUCCUGGGCCCCGCCACGCUCCGGGUCCGAGCAGAGGAGCAAGGCCUGCGCCGGCAGCUGUCGGAGGAGCCCAGCCCUCGGAGCUCCCCGCUGCUCCUGAGGCGGCUCUCAGUUGAGGAGUCGGGCCUGGGCCUCCACUUGGGCCCCAGUCGUUCCCCGCACCUAAGGCGCCUGUCGCGCAGUGGCCCGCGUCUGCUGAGCCCCGACACCGAGGAGAUGCCCACCGCGCCGCCGCCGUCCGCCGUGCCCCUGGAGCCUACUGAGCACGAGUGGCUAGUGCGGCCGGCCACUGGCCGCUGGACCCACCAGCUUCACGGGCUGCUGCUGCGGGACCGCGGCCUAGCUGCCAAGCGCGACUUUAUAUCUGGCUUCACCGCCCUACAUUGGGCGGCCAAGAGCGGCGACCGUGAGAUGGCGCUGCAGCUGGUGGAGGUCGCGCGUCGUGGUGGCGCGCCAAUCGACGUGAACGCGCGCUCGCAUGGCGGCUACACACCGCUGCACCUAGCCGCUCUGCACGGCCACGAGGACGCCGCCGUGCUGUUGGUGGUGCGUCUGGGUGCUCAAGUGCAUGUCCGUGACCACAGCGGACGUCGAGCCUACCAGUAUCUGCGUCCUGGCUCCUCUUAUGCGGUGCGACGCCUGCUUGGUGACCCAGGCCUGCGAGGAGCAACCGAGCCAGAUGCUACCAGUGGUGGAAGUGGUAGCCUUGCUACCCGGCAUCCAGUGCAAGUGGCCGCCACGAUCCUCAGUUCCACCACCAGCGCGUUUCUGGGUGUCCUGGCCGACGACCUGAUGCUCCAGGACCUGGCCCGUGGCUUGAAGAAGUCGAGCUCUUUCAGCAAGUUCUUGGGCGCCUCGCCCAUGGCUCCGCGUAAAAAGACAAAGAUCCGUGGUGGCCUGCCAGCCUUCUCAGAAGUCUCUCGUCGACCUGCACCGGGGCCUUUAGCUGGUUUGGUGCCCAGUCUGCCCCCGGCAACCUGAAGAUCCAUGGGGCUAUGGCCUGGUUGGUCUACCUGGGCUCGCCUCAUAGUCUAAGUGUGCCCAAGAAUGGGGCUCAACACUUGUUUCCAACUUUGUCCACUGCAGCCUGUUUUAUCCUUAUGGGCCUGCACUUCCAGCCUCUGUUUGAAACCUGAUCUGUCUGAUUGAGAUCUCAGUGAAAGGCUCCUAUGAAGAAACCAGCCUUCAGUCCUGAACUCUGGAGGAGACUUAAAAUUUAGGAUCAAAGGUUAAGGGGCAGCAGCUGGUCUGGCCCCUGAAUGAGCUAACCAGAUGCCUCUGAAUCUACACACUCCCAAGCCAGAACUAGAGCAAGGGUCUCUUUGAAUGUUCAAAGAUGUUGGGUUAUUUGUCAACUUUAAGAUAUGUAGUGGUUUUGUAAUUUGAUGCUUUUAUUCUGUUUUUAAAUUGAAAUGAGGUAAAGCAACUUUCAUAAUAACCUUUUAAAACUAUAUUUUUCCAUUUUUAGGCAAAGAGCUCAGACAUUUUCAAUCUUUUGCUAAAUAUUUUGGAAUUCCAUUUUAAAACAAAUAGAAUGCUCAAGAUCUAAAGGAAAUUAGUCCCAACCAAGAAAACUCUUAAAAGUUCAUCUACCUCAUUUUAGUCAAUCAUGAUUCUGGGGAGUCUUGAACACAGAAUAACUAUUGUGACCCAUAUGAAUGUAACUAAUUGCAGUUGUACUGUGAAUGCUAAAUAUUAAGAAACAAGUGCAUCUUGGGAGUAAACAUGAUUUAACAAAGAUAGAAAAGAGACAUUUUGGGAAUACUUAUGGUGAAAUGUAAAUGUAUGUUUGGCACUCACAGGUGGCUAUUCUGAUUUGGCAUGAAUAUUUAGUUUUCUUAAAUUGUGAUCUCUUUGUGAAUUAUGCCUUAGUGCCACAUUUCUGAAUCUGUGAUUUUCACACCUUGCUAAACCUUUCAGUGCAGUGGGUGAAUAUUCAAAGGAAAAAAAGUUAUAACAUCAUACCAGAAAAACAACUGAUUAAAUAGUAAUUGAUGCAAUUAAGGAGUAACUCUUUUACUUGAAAAUCCUGAAUAAGCAAAAAGUAUGUGAAUCUAUUUUUAAAAAAAAAUUGAAAGUAGACAAUUUAUUCUAAAAUAACAUGUAGAAGAAUCUUUGCUCAGUGACAUUGAACUGAGAACUUAAUUUCUCUGGACCUUUGUUUCUAUCUGUAAAUUGAGAAGGCUUGUAGAUAUCGCCAAGAUUUCCCAGGUUUGGCACAGGAUAAUUAUAAUGGUACAUUUUCUAUUUCAAAGAUGUCAAAUCUAUUUGCUCAGUCAACUUUUUUAUGUCAUAUCGUGAUAAUGGUCUGCUUUUGCAAAUUAUGUUUGCAUGUCAUUAGUUAUAUCAAAUGAUUUUUGUGGCAGAGAGUAGUAGGGCUUUCCCUCUUCUUCAGUAUAUAUCAUGAGGCCUUUGAAGUUAUUUAAGGCAAAUCAUUCAUGGAAUGUUUUGAUUUAAGCAACAAAAUAAACAGACAGCAUUUUAUUCA